CAUUUGCAUCACGACCGCAUCCACACACUAGAUUUCCAAGAUGAGAUUACAUCCAAAAUUGCUGCUCCUAACCACCUUGGUACUGGUGUACAGUGCCCAUGGGCACAAACGGACGUUUACUAGAUGCCAGCUCUCGAGAGAACUACUGCGGUAUAAUUUCCCAAGAACAUUGAUACCCAAUUGGGUAUGCCUGAUCGAGCAUGCAAGUGGCAGGCAGACGGAUAAACAAACGAACCACAACAACUCAUAUAGCAGCUAUGGACUAUUUCAGAUAAACAACAAAGACUGGUGCAAAAAAGGCAGAAAAGGUGGCAACUGCAGUAUGAAGUGUGAAGAUCUCCUUAACGAAGAUUUGGCUGAUGAUGUAAGGUGUGCCAAACGCAUCUACGAUCGAGUAGGAUUCAAGGCCUGGCCCUCCUCCUACGCAUACUGCAAGGAAAAGAGCCUUCCGGAUCUAUCUAGAUGCUAAGAGGAAUAAUUUGCGCCUAUUACAAAGUUAAUGCAAUGUUGCAUGUGCACGAUAGCUCUAUUUUAAAUCGACUAAAAAUAUGUUUUGCGCUGCGAAUAUUUUGAAGUCGAUUUUUAAAGAAGUAUCUAUAGAAAUAUACAUAUACAUUAUUAUUCAUUUGUGUGUAAGCAAUCAUUAAAUAUUAGUAAAUUCGUAUUUUAAACGACUGAUGUACUGUUUACGAAAUUGAAUCUUUGAUAUUGAUAAUUGAUAUAUUAGCUUAGUUUGAAUAAAUAAAGAAAUAUAGGAUGUAAUUUACAAUGUUAUAUAAAAAAAUAUCAAAGGAAAAAUAGUUAUGCCUAUGUUGAUUCCGAAUUAUAUUACUUUAGUUUUAAGUUAUUAGUUAAUUAGUAAGUAAUAUUGUAUUUUUUUUUACAUUUUAGCGCAAGAUUAUAUCGUAAU